AUGAUUGCUACUCAGGGUACUUUGGCUUGGUCUUGUGCAUCCUUCAUCUAUCAAAUCGUUGCUAUUCAAACUGGUGUUACCAUAGAUAAUCUUGGUGCGUAUGUGGGUCUCUACUGUGCUAUGCAAUUCGUUGCCACUUUCUAUGCCUUCCUGGGUCUAAAAUUCAGCGGGUACUUGAAUUAUUUUAUGAUCUUUUGGGUUGGCAUUGGAACUGUCAUUGUGAUGCUCGUUCCUGUCAUCAUGGCAAGAGAUCACCUUCAGAAUGCGAAGUAUGUAUUUACUGGCUUCAUCAAUCAAACUGGUUGGGAAAAUGAUGGUUUGGCUUUCUUGUUGGGACUCUUACAAGCUGGAUGGUGUCUGAUUGGUUAUGUUGCUCCAGCUCAACUUGUGGAAGGUACUAAGCGUAGUGAUAUUACUGCUCCUCGUGGUAUUAUCUAUUGUGUGAUUGGUUCUAUUGUACAAGGUCUUAUUUUGAUGAUUCCUACCUUAUUUGCCAUUCAAGACGUGGAUGCCUUACUGGGUUCUUCUACACCACUUGCAACUUAUUUCCAACAAACUACCAACACACCUUUGUCAGUUUUCUUGAUGGUGAUUCUUCUUGUUGCCCAAUUUGGUUCACUUGCCAAUAAUGCACUCGCUAUUGCUCAAUUAUUAUGGGCUUUAUCUCGCGAUGGUGUUAUUCCAUUCUCCAAAUUUUGGUAUAGAUUGAAUCGAUUUGAUAUUCCUCACCGUUGUCUUAUUUUGGAACUUUUAAUUGUUGUCGGCAUUAUUUUACCUGCGUUUGGUUCACAAGUUUAUUGGACUGCUAUCAUGUCGACAGCUGUGAUUUGUGUCAAUGCGUCAUAUGGUUUACCUCUUUUCUGUCGUAUUAUUUGGAAACCCAAACUCAAACUCGAAGGUCCUUUCAAAUUAGGUAAACUCAGUCUUCCUAUCAACUAUAUUGCAGUCAUUUGGAUUAUCUUCUUCAGUGUGAUUCUCUCUAUUCCUCAAAAGAUGCCUGUCACUCCCGAAAAUAUGAACUGGACUUCUUUGAUGAUUGGUGCCGUUGUGAUAUUCUCUCUCUUCUUUUGGAGUAUCAGUGGUAAAAAGUUUUACAAGGGACCAAUGCAAAAUAUUCAUGAGUAG